GGGGGAGCUUACCGAGGCAGUAGAAGGAGGAAAAACACGGAAGAGCUCACAGGGUGUUCAGGUCUGCGUCUUUCCCCUCAGAGAAGAAGGAUUACAGGAAUAUUGUCCCCCAUCUGUCUCCACAUGGACAUGGAUGUCCAGGAGUCCCCUCAUGGGGACAUGGGACUGUUAAAGACCUUUGACUCCUCUGAGUUCGGCUGCUGGGAGAAGAUCGGCUCAGGUGGAUUUGGACAGGUUUACAAAGUGCGGCAUGUGAAGUGGAAAACAUGGCUGGCCAUCAAAUGUCCUCCCUGCCUUCACCUGGAUGAAAAGGACCGCUCUGAGCUCCUGGAGGAGGCUAAGAAGAUGGAGGUGGCCAAGUUUCGAUACAUCCUGCCGGUGUACGGGAUCUGUGAGGACCCUCAGGGCCUGGUCAUGGAGUACAUGGAGACGGGCUCCCUGGAGAACCUGCUGGCCAAUGAGCCGCUGCCCUGGGAGCUUCGCUUUCGCAUCAUCCACGAGACGGCUGUGGGCAUGAACUUCCUCCAUUGCAUGAACCCGCCGCUCCUGCACCUGGAUCUGAAGCCGGCUAACAUCCUGCUGGACGCUCACUAUCACGUCAAGAUAUCCGAUUUUGGCCUGGCUCGAUGGAACGGCCUGUCGCAGACGGAUGACAUCAGCAGAGAGGGCUUCUGCGGCACCAUCGCCUACCUGCCGCCUGAGAGGAUUAUAGAGAAGGACAGGGUGUCGGACACCAAGCACGACGUUUACAGCUUCUCCAUUGUGAUCUGGGGCAUUCUCACGCAGAAGAAACCCUACCAAGGAGAAAACAACAUCCUGCAGUUAAUGGUGAAAGUGGUCAAAGGGGUUCGUCCAGAUCUGGGUUCUGUGCCACGAAAUCGACCUUCGACCUGCGCUGGUUUCCUUAACCUCAUGCAACGCUGCUGGACCACAAACCCUAAAGACAGACCCAGCUUCCAGGAAAUUACAUCUGAAGCUGAGGAGCUUUGCUCCAAACCUCAAGAGGAGCCCAGGACCCCAAGAUUAUCGACAUCAUCAGAACCAGAGCCUUUGUCCCCUAAGCCAGUGGCUAAUGAUCAGGAUAAUGCCAACAAACCGGUGCGUCCAAAGUCGGCCAUGUUGCCGGAAAAAGACUACAGCCUGUCAGAGCUGCUGAGCCAGGUGGAUUCUGGGAUCUCGAGGAGCUUCGAUCAAGUGAAGGAGGAUAGCAUCCACAGCAAAGAGAACACCUGUAAGAGACUGUCAGGCAUUUCCUCUGCGGAUUCUGCCUUCUCCUCUCAAGACUCCAUCACCCUGUCUUUUGAGAAGGAAGCCACUUUUGAUUCUGCUGAAGUCCAGAAGCGGAAGCUCUGUGAAGCCAUCAGGACCAAAGACACUGCUAAGCUAAUGAAGAUCCUCCAGCCUCAGGAUGUUGACCUCCCCCUUGAAGGGGGAGAUAGCCUGCUUCAUUUCGCCAUUACUUUGGGGAACGAGGAGGCCGUCAAGUUCCUCCUUUUGAACGACGCUAAUCCCAAUCUACCGAACGCACGUGGCUCCACACCCCUCCACCUGGCCACAGAGAAGCACCAGAAGCCGCUAGCUGAACUGCUGCUUGGUCGGCGCAGGACUAAUGUGAACACUAAAGACGAGGACCAGUACACGCCUUUGCACUGGGCGGCCCAGAAUGGAGACGAGGCCAUGACACGGCUGCUGCUGGACCGGGGAGCGACCAUCAACGAAACCGACGGCCAGGGACGUACCCCGGCCCACGUGGCGUGCCAGCACGGCCAGGAGAACGUGAUCAGGGUUCUGCUGAGCCGCAAUGCCGAUGUUCAGAUCAAGGGCAAGAACAACUGGACGGCGCUUCACUUCGCCGCCUGGCAGGGACACCUGGGCAUUGUCAAGCUGCUGGUCAAGCAGGCCAGCGCCAACGUGGACAGCCAGACGACAGACGGCCGAACGGCGCUGCACCUGGCAUCCCAAAGGGGGCAGUAUAGAGUUGCGCGGAUCCUGAUCGAGCUGGGAGCGGACGUCAACAUCACUUCAUCUGAGUUAAACACACCGCUGCACGUGGCGGCGGAAACGGGCCACACAAGCACCUCCCGUCUGCUGAUAAAGCACCAGGCGGAUGCUAACCUCCAAAACGCUCAGGGACAUACGCCUCUCCACCUAGCUACGCAGCGGGGCCACCUGGCCACUGUCAAGAUGCUGAUCGCAGAGGGGGCCGACCCUUAUGUAACCAACCACGUGCAGCGCACCCCCUGCCACUUGGCGGCAGAGAAUGGACACGGCGAAGUUCUGAAAGAGCUGCUCCAUCACUGUCCGGAUGGCAGCAGCCUGUCGGAUCAGCAGGGACUCAGCCCGCUGCACCUGGCCGUGCAGGGCGGACACUCGAACGCCAUUACCAUGCUGCUGCCGCCGCAGGUAUGCCAGGACUUGGUAGCUGAGAGCACAGUCCAGCCGUUAGCCGAGGAGCCUCCUACGCUGGAGGUUAAGCAGCUCCAGAGGAAGGUUGUCAUUCUCAAACUGACUGAGCACAAAGACAAAGACUGCCCACAGCCCCCCAGCCCGCAGUGUGCUUCAGCACCAUGCUAACAGCAACAAACACACUGCGGACACUGUAUAGAACUGCCCCCCCUCCCCCAUCGGCUGCCUCAGACUCUGUUAGGAUUCCCAACAACUGGGCCAGUGGAAACAUCUUUUGAAAAAAAAAGCUUGUUGUAAUUUGUACACUGUAAAUAGAUUGUAUAAAACUUUUUGUUUUACUUUUUUGGAGUCAUUAUGCUCUACUUUGCAGACACUAUUUUAAGACUGGUAAUGUGUUGGACUCAACCAGGGAAUAUGUCCUUUAUUUAGUAUUUGGAAUCUCACAGCUCGGCCUGGACGUAACGCUUAUCGGAAUAUAAACUGCUUACAGCACGUUAAAUUAGCUUGUUUGUUUGGAAACACCUCUGUUGUUCUGGAGCUGGUACAGUCCAGUGCUGCUUUCUGUAUUAAAAUACUAAUACAUUUAUCUUUUAUUGAA